UUAGUUAAAACAUGAAGAAUAUAUUAUAUUCAAUAUAUUCAAUAAAUAGGGGCUUAGCAUAUCUUAUUGAUGAAUGGCCCAUGAGAGGUGGAACACGAUAGCUGGUGAAAUGGCGAGCUGGUUGCAAGCUAGACUUGAGCUCAACUGUCAUAAGGAUGAGCUCAAGCAGGUGAGUUCAUGUAAAGUUGUUUACCUCAUCCAAAUGGAAGGCCAUGAGGAUGAGCUCAAGCGAUUGAGCUCAUCAGAGUCUGAGCUAAUCCGAGGUCUUUUGCCUCAUCUGGGGUCAUUUGCCUCGUCUGGGGUAGUUCACCUCGGACUAGGCUGUCACAAGGAUGAGCUCAAGCAUAGGCUGAGUUCAUUCGAGGUUGUUUACCUCAUCCGAGGUUGUUCACCCGAUUAUCAUGAGGAUGAGAUCAAGCAGUUGAGCUCAUCCGAGGUUUACCUCAUCCAAGGUAGUUCACCUCAGAAUGGGUUAGCACGAGGAUUAGCUUAGAUAGUUGAGUUCAUCCGAGGUUUACAUCAUCCAAGGGAGUUCACCUCGGAAUGGACUGCCAUGAGGAUGAAAUCAACCUAGUUUAUGAAC